GCGCAGCGACUUCCGCACAGGUGGUCACCCCGGUCCCCACCACGAUGUUAACCAAAGUUCUCCUGAUCCUCCUGGGCAUGUCCAUAAUCCUUCCGUCUAGGAGCGAAGAACCUCAUGUUGAAUCAGAAAAUGGACCUUCUGCCCAUGGGGAUGUCUAUGGGCCCCAGCCCCAGGCUCCUGAAAAGAAGCUCCUCUCUGAGGAAACAAUGCGCACCCUUACUGGUCCCCAUCGCAGACUUGGGAAACUGCCAGCAGCCACUCACAUUCUGAACAGCAUCCUGAACAACUAUGACCACAAACUGCGCCCUAGCAUAGGAGAAAAGCCCACUGUGGUCACUGUUGAGCUCUCUGUCAACACUCUUGGUCCUAUCUCUAUUCUGGACAUGGAAUACACCAUUGACAUCACCUUCUGCCAGACCUGGUAUGAUGAACGCCUCCAUUACAAUGGCAGCUUUGAGAGUUUUGUCCUUAAUGGCAACAUGGUGAGCCAACUAUGGAUCCCAGACACCUUUUUUAGGAAUUCUAAGAGGACUCAAGAGCAUGUGAUCACCAUGCCCAACCAGAUGGUUCGCAUCCACAAGGAUGGCAAAGUGUUGUACACAAUUAGGAUGACCAUUGAUGCUGGAUGUUUACUCCACAUGCUCAAAUUUCCAAUGGAUUCUCACUCUUGCCCUCUGUCUUUCUCUAGCUUUUCCUAUCCUGAGAGUGAGAUGAUCUACAAAUGGGAAGAUUUCAAGCUUGAAAUCAAUGAGAAGAAUUCCUGGAAGCUCUUUCAGUUUGAUUUUACAGGAGUGACCAACACUACUGAAACUAUCUCAACCCCAGCUGGUGAUUUCAUGGUCAUGACGCUUUUCUUCAAUGUGAGCAGACGGUUUGGCUUUGUAGCCUUUCAAAACUAUGUCCCUUCUUCUGUGACCACAGUGCUCUCCUGGGUUUCCUUUUGGAUCAAGAAAGACUCUGCUCCAGCCAGGACCUCUUUAGGAAUAACCUCUGUACUCACCAUGACCACACUGGGCACAUUUUCCCGUAAGAAUUUCCCACGUGUCUCCUAUAUCACAGCCUUGGAUUUCUAUAUUGCCAUCUGCUUCGUCUUUUGCUUCUGUGCUCUGAUGGAGUUUGCUGUGCUCAACUUUCUGACCUACAAUCGGAUGAAACCCCGUGCUUCUCUAAAACUUCGCCAUCCACAUAUUCGUGCCCGUGCCCUUACCCCUCCCCGUGCCCGUGCCCACGAGCAUCCAGAAGCUUUUGUGUGCCAGAUCGAAGACUCUGAAGAGAGUGAUGGAGAGGAGGGUCCAUCUUGUCCAGCUCAGCAGUCUCUCAGCCGAGAUACCAUCCAGAGCCCUGGUGGUUGUUGCAAGUGGUGCAAGAAGUACUUCUGCGUGGUUCCCAGUUGUGAGGGCAGUAUCUGGCAGCAGGGCUGCCUCUUCAUCCACAUCUACCGCCUGGAUAACUACUCACGAGUUGUUUUCCCAGUGACCUUCUUCUUCUUCAAUGUGCUUUACUGGCUUGUUUGCCUUAACUUGUAGGUGCCAGCUGGUACCCUGUGGGCAGCUUCCCCAGUUCCCCAGGAGGUCCCACAGCCCUUGUCAAGGGAGUCAGAGGAAAGCAGCAGCAGCAGGAGGAGCAACAAGGGAGUGUCUUUCCUUCCCCAUUCCCCAAAUACAAGCCUGAAUAGAAUUGUUCUUUGCUGGCCCUCUCCCCUACCUGGCCCAUUCACUGACUCUCCAUUGCAGUCCAUUUCAAGUAAAAUGGUCCACCUCUCUAUUACUCAAGGGGCAUUAAUGAUGUUCAGGCUUAAAUAUCACAGGCUGUCAGUGACUAGCUCCCUAAGACCGUGCCCAUGUAUGAGUAGGUUAGCUAUCUCCCAGUGCUGAUACCCACUGCCUUUUUCCAGAAACAAUACUGCCUUUGUGGUGCUCCAGGCCCAGCUCUGGCCUCAGCCUCAAAGUGCAUAGACCAGCUGCUUGCCUGUUCCUGACAUCUCCUUGCCUGUUCCUGACAUCUCCUUAAAAUGUUGGGCAGCAGUAUAAAGGGGAAGGGGACCCUAGUCCUUAGAUCAGAUUAUUAUAUUCUUGGUUUUGUCUUCCUGCCCUCCCUUCCCCUGCAGAUGGACACUGGUAUUAUACUUUUAGGAGGAAGGGAGCCAGCAAUUGAGCCUCUUUGGGAUAGUAUCUCCCUCUGCUGCUGUGCCACCUCCUUCUCUCCCGACCCUCACGUCCAUCCCUCAUCUCACUACAAAUUCAAUGCCUUGCAUCCAUUGGGUAUCUCUUUUUGUGUGUGGUAAUAGUAAUGACUCCCUGCUUUGUAUGCCACCUUCUUCCUCCUCCUUGACCCCUGUGACGUUUUCUGUAAUUUCCCCAGUGGCUUUCCCAGCCCCGACCCAGGUGCUAGGCCAUGGUGACUUCUUGGGGCCAAGAAACUAAGAGAACUUUGCUUUGCAGUGGACAUUACUGGCACAGAUUGGUGCCCUCUAAAGGCACAACAUAAGAGUUUUGCUACUUCCUUGGCCCCUGGACCCAUGAGCCAGUCCACUCUUAUCCUGGGGCACUCACAAUCACAAUCAAUGAAUUGAAUUCCCUUAAAUUUGUAUAGCACUUUACCUUUUGCAAAGCACUUUUGACAAAUUAUUUCUAUUUUGAGCCUCAUCAUAGCCCUGUGAUAUAUUCAGGGCAGGAUUCUUAUCCCCAUUUUGCAGAUGAGAACCCUGAGGCACAGAUUUCUAUGGGACUGUGGAUCUCACUGGAAACUACUCAGGAGCCCACUGUCACCUUCUAGACCACAUGACAGGGCUAGCAGCUCUGUUCACCAUGAUUUGAUUCUAUAGCCUCUGCUGGCACCCCAGUGGCAAGGCCCAGAGUGGCAGCCUCUCUUCAGCAUUGGCCUCCUCAAUUCCUGGGCCCCCAAGACCGAAACUGUCCUGGCUCUGGUAACCCAGUGAGGUGAAUUUGGACAUGCCCCAAUGCUUGUAUAUGCUGAAUGAAAUCUGUGUCUGUAUUUUACUGGGGCGGGGGUGGGUAGGGUAGGGAGAUAUAGCUGCUUUUUGUCACC